CCCUGAAUCCCUCUCAUCCUGUCAGUUAAUCUCCAACUCUGAACCCGAAAGGUCGGUACGGAAUGAAUAAUCAAGUUGUCCCUGAUACAAUGUUCGGAAUAUCCUCUAACCUCGAGGUUCCUUGGUUUGCUCGACCUGUUUAUACGGAGAACUGUAAACCUGUGUAUACAGAGGAGGAGGUCGAGAUGUAUCCUCUUGAACCUUUAAACCUUAAGAAAGAAAACAAGUUCGAAAAUCAGAAUCUUUCUAAAGAUCCAAGAUUGUGGAGCAGAGACGAGGUUUGCUCCUGGGUUCUCCAUACUUGCUCCAAUCACAAUCUACCAGCUCCAAACACUGACAGGUUCCUGAUGAACGGUAAGGCAGUGUGCCUGAUGUCCCUGAACAUGUUUAUCUCCAGAGUUCCUCUCGGUGGUAAACUUCUAUACAGAGAUUUCCAGAUCAGACUAGGCAGAGCCAUUCAUAACUAAUUUUUGGACUUUACAGAAUUUUCCCAGGCAGUUAUAAAAUUACAUAAGUUCUAAGAAGUCUCAUCAAGUAGUUCCGGACAGUUUUAAGAAUUUUCAAGGAGCUCCAAGCAGUUUCAAGCAGUUUAAAGCAGUUUCAAGCAGUUCCAUGCAGUUUCAAGCCGUUCCAUGCAGUUUUAAACAGUUCCAUGGGGGUUUUAACAGUUCCAUGCAGUUUCAAACAGUUCCAUGAAGUUUCAAGCAUAUCCAUGCAGUUUCGAAUAGUUCCAUGCAGUUUCAAACAGCUUCAAGCAGUUUCAUGGAGUUUAAGGCAGUUUCAAUUAGUUUCAAAUAAUUUUUCUGACAGUUUCAACAAGCCAAUGCAUUUUCGAGACAAUCAGCCCCUGACAGCUUUUGCUGUUUCAAUCAGUUCCAUUCAGUCCUUGCUGUUCCAAUCAGUUCUGACAACCUUUGCUGUUUCCAUCAGUUCCUUUCAGUCCUUGCUGCUCCAAUCAGUUUCUGACCAACUUUAAUUUUUCGAUCAGUUCCUGUCAGUCCUUUCUGUUCCAAUUUCCUGACAUACUUUACUGUAUCUAUCAGUUCCUGGCAGCCUUAACUGUUCUCAAACAAUCCCCAUGCGGUCCCAGUUGAGUUCUUGAAAGUCCCUGAAGUUCCUCGACGAUUCCAAACAGUUCCUGACACCCCUAACGUUCCCAGAUAGUUCCUGACAUCCCUUAACGUUCCCAGGACAAUUUGAAAAAGAUUCUUCAAAAUAUUCCACUCACAUUGAAACACAGAGAAGAAAAGUUAAAACAAAAGAUCUAUGAAGAAUCAGAAAAAUGGUAGGCUUCUGCUGACUUUAGCAGAUCAGCUUGUAAAACUGUUUUCAUUAUGGGAACCUGAAUCCUCUUCAGCCGCUGAACUAGUUUAUUAGCGGAUAUUGUGAUAAUUACAGUAAAUUGUAAUAUUUCUUGAAGAUUUCGUUGAAAUCUUUCUAGUCUUCAGAUUAUUAUACAUGCAUAUACUCUAAAUAAAAUUAUUUAAGAAAA